GCGUACUAUUGCCACCUAUUGGAAACUGGUAUAGGUACAGGCUGCAGUGCUCUGAUAAAGACAACAGAUGAACAGAAGACAAGCUAGAAACACCAAAAUGUAUUUCUGCUAGCAGCUCGCCUGUGGGGAGCCAAACUGAAUCAGCAAACCACCCAGUCUUAUGAAAAUAAAAGAAACCUGGGCUCAUGAGGAUUGCUGGGCACACACCGAGUGGGAUAUCCACCAAGCACUGGAGUACAGAUAACACUGCACUACCACCACUGUGGUAAGAGCAUCGGAUGUCUUAAUUCCUGCACAAUUCACAUAAAUCAGGCUAAUCUCACAGAUAUAUUGUCUAGACAUAUAUUUAUUUACUCGGUUUUCUAUUGUCUCUAUAGUAUUCUUAUCAGAAUGCUUGUGUACGUUGUAUUACACAAGAAUAGGAAGUUGAGUUAUACAUUUGGAUGCAGUCCCUCGACGAGUGCUGAUUUAACUGUGGUAAUAAUGGCCCUGUAGAAAGAAUUCUUACCACUAAAUGCUUUUUAUCAGCACUCUAAUGGGAUGUCUGGUCUCAUAAUAGGGUGAAUUGUGGUGACAUUCUGUGUGGGAGUAGACUUAUAUGGGAGGUCUGACUGGGCUGUGGUGGGCCCAGGCAGGCGACAGACUUCUCAUCUCCACGGGAAGUCUGUUCUGUCUGUCUUCCUUGCUGAACAGAUGAGGGGCCGGGAUGGUACCCUACAUUCUCAGGAAUUUGUUCUUUAGAUGAUGUUCCAAAACCUUUGCAAAUAACAGAGUUGGCGAUAAAGAAAGCACAUGUGGAUUCUUCAAUCCUACCGCAUUGUAUGUACUUUAUUCUUUAUUGGCAUAGUUGCAGCAGUGUUUUUGGAACUGGUUCUAAACAACUAAAUAACAUGUUCCUGAAAAUAUAACCUGGUCUAAUGACCAUCCCAAGAGGAGAAGGGCCAUUUGGUGAGGGCCCGAGGCACAGCCAAUGUUCCUCCCAGCAGGGAGACAUCCAAGAGUAGGAGAAACUGGGUACAGUGUUAGAGGAGGAGGCAGCGCUGGCUGUCUCCAGCCCCUAAGGUAAACAGGAUCUUGUCCUGAAGGUCGCUGGGCUGCUCCACAAGGCCACUGGAGACAAUAUCCUAGGUAUUAUUAUCGGAAACGACUAAGAAUAGAGAGAAAGGUGGUUGUCGUGCUUUUGGUUUGACGAGCCAAAACUGAAGAUAUUUCUAUAGAAGUGUUACGUUUGUGAAGAUAAUGUUCUGGAAGGGAGUGGCACGUGAGGGGAGGGCACAUGAUAUUUUGAUUUGAUUUUGAUGGUAAAAUGUCUGAGGUUUUUCAGCCUGUCUGUUAUAGAACUUUUCAAGAUUGAGUUGUAGGCCUAGCACCUAAAUAGAGAAGACAUGUUUUGUAAGCUUUUCACAAAUGGAGACUUAAUGUUCUACUGUAUUUUAUUCCAGAUUUUGUUAGUGUUAUUUAUUUUAAAAUAUGUGAUACUGGGCAUAUAGGAUAGACUACCUAUACUACAAAAUAAAUGUACUCAUACGUGUUAUUCGAUCAUUUCAACCAAACUGCUUGCACGCGGCAACAGGCGUCUCAUAGCCAGCCUCUAAAAUAGAACUUGGUUCUGAUUUGAUGCGCUGCAAGUCCCGCUUCUCCCAUCUACUCAUUGGUUUUCACAAGCAUACUAACCCACGUGGGUGAUUGGAAUAUGAACGAGGAGAGACUAAUCAAAGAAAACGAACUAACUAGGUUUCUCAAAUAGUCACCGAGAGAGGAUCCACCUAAAAAAGGACCGACUGUGUUUCAGGUAAAAUAACAACCCAAUGUUUAUCUCCCAGGACAAAUUAGCUCGCUAAAUGUCCAUGAAUAUUUAAUGUGUGCUUCGACCUCUCCCCAAAUUAAUAUAGUUGGUUUUGGUGUUUUAACCUCUGUGUCAUUCAUGCGUCUCGUGGGGAAAGACAAUCAACAUACGCACAAUGGCACACACGGGCCAGGUUUGAUCAAGGUGUCAGUGUUUCUUUCUUUAUAAUUGAAGUGAUUUAAUAAUAAUAAUAAUAUAUGCCAUUUAGCAUACAUUCUACGUAUGGGUGGUCCCGGGGGAUCGAACCCACUACCCUGGCGUUACAAGCGCCAUGCUCUAACAACUGAGCUACAGAAGGACCACAAGGUGGACCACACUUAAAUGACUAAUCUAACCGCUUAUAAAUUAGAUUACUGCUAAACUGACUUUGGUCUUCUGAGACAACGUGUGUGUUUGCCGGGGUAAUAAAAAUGCUGUCCAAUACCUGCCCUAUGGGAGUUAGAUUAAUUGGACCUGCUUGACAAUGGUGAAAUCAAUAGCAAAGCAAACUCCAGUGUAAUGCAUCAGAGAUUCAGGUGUUAGACCAUGCACAUGAUUGUCAGUCUUUUUCAUUUCAUUGCUACACCUUUCAAAUUAAUCAUUUGGUAUUUUCUGAUGGAUGACCUAUCAUGAUGCCAUUGAUUUAUGUUGCUGCCAAUACAGGCUAUGUAGUACACCACAUUCAUUCAACGUAGAAUGCUUGUCUUUUCUUUUUUUCUUAUAAUGCCAGAGGCAAGCUAUGGUAGACUUCGUUGAUUUUGAGUGUUAAAUGGCUUAAAGAAUGUAGCCUGUUAUUAAUUGCAGUAGCUAAUCUGUGUUCUACGCCCAUACCAUCUUUUUAAUGGCAUAAUGGGCUCUUUCCAUAUUUUUGUUAUUGUAUUUCAAAUUGGAGGUAGAGCCCACCAUUAUAAAUGGCAAGUAUUUCAGAAAAUGCUUUGCUAUUCUGUAAUUUGAUCAUAAGAACUUGAACAGAUCAUGAAACAGGUUGUUUCAAAAUUCAUACUUGUGUUCUAUCUAGAACAUUAUGCGAGUACGGACGUCAACUGUCAUUUUUCAAGUGCGACUCCAAACGUAAGUACGUGAAAAGGCAAGUAUGUACUAAGUUUACCGGAAGUUCCAUAAGCGUACUUGGGAGGUCUGGAAAAUAAAGCACGCAUGGGAGCGUACUUUUUCGGUCCUUUCGCGGGGAGGCUAUCACAUAACACCUUAUGGCUCAGCAAAUUUUUUUUUUUACUUCUUAAUUAAUGGCGGACUAAAGUCCCGUUGGGAGAUCAAUUUCCAGAGGAUUAAGAAAUACUUUUGUAAAUUGUAAGUCUUGUGUUUUUAUUCAACAAAUUGUUAAAAUGUUCAAAUUACUUUCAUAUGAAUUUUGAAUUCAAAUGUUGAGUCACUGAUGUUUAUCAGACUGAUAGCCACUCUCGUCGGACGUCAUAGGUAGCUAGCAGUGAUCUUGUCCUGCUAAUCAUCUGUUUUAGAGAUGAGCAACUAAACUAACUAAUCGUGAAGAAGGCAAUAUGUCAAUUGUGAAGAUCCCGACAGUUUUAUUUAUUUAUUUAUUUUUAAUCCAGAAUUUGUAUACUUGAUAGCCAGCUAAUGACAAAUUCAAAUUUGUUUUUUGUCCGUUUGUUUUCAGGGACAGAUAGCAACUGAUGCGUUAAUUUUACUCCAUGGCAUUGGCUUGGCAGGACAAAAGUCAUGCCCGAUGGUUUGGAGGUAAACCAUGAUCCCCAUCACUGAGCUGCGUUACUUUGUAGACUGUCAGCCUGCCUACCGUAUCCUGAAGCCAUGGUGGGACGUCUUCACCGACUACAUCUCUAUCGUCAUGCUCAUGAUCGCCGUGUUCGGCGGCACGCUGCAGGUCACUCAGGACAAGAUGAUCUGCCUGCCCUGCAAGUGGGUGGUCAACCAGACCUGCAGGAGGUAUUUCAAUGCCACCCUGUCGGCCCCGCUGAUGUUGGAGCCCAAAGGGAUCCAAUACAACCUGGACCGCCACCAGUACAACUACGUAGACGCAGUCUGCUACGAGAACCGCCUGCACUGGUUCGCCAAGUACUUCCCCUACCUGGUGCUACUGCACACGCUUAUCUUCCUGGCUUGCAGUAACUUCUGGUUCAAGUUCCCCCGGACUAGCUCCAAACUGGAGCACUUUGUGUCAAUUCUCCUGAAGUGUUUUGACUCUCCCUGGACCACCAGGGCUCUGUCUGAGACUGUGGUGGAGGAGAGCGACCCCAAGCCGAUGAAGAUGAAUGGCUCAAUGGAUAAGAAAGUGUCGUGUAUCAGCGAGGAUGUGGAGGCUAGCGUCCCCAUGCUCCAAAGGACAAAGUCUCGCCUGGAGCAGGGUAUUGUGGAUCGCACAGAGACUGGCGUCCUGGAUAAGAAAGAAGGUGAACAGGCAAAGGCCUUGUUCGAAAAAGUGAAGAAGUUCCGCAUACAUGUGGAAGAAGGAGACAUUGUGUACAGGCUCUACAUCCGACAGACUAUUAUCAAAGUCAUUAAGUUCAUUUUGAUUAUCUGCUAUACAGGGUAUUAUGUGCACAAUAUUCAGUUCAGCGUGGACUGUAGUGUGGAUCUAGAGGACCUCACGGGGUAUAGCAUGUAUCGUUGUGCUCAUCCUCUGGCCACACUGUUUAAGAUCCUAGCUUGUGUCUACAUCAGCUUAGUGGGGGUUUAUGGAUUCAUUUGCAUGUAUACCCUCUGUUGGAUGCUGCGGCGCUCGCUGAAGAAAUACUCCUUUGAGUCGAUACGAGAGGAGAGCAGCUACAGCGACAUACCGGAUGUAAAGAACGACUUUGCUUUCAUGCUGCACAUGAUUGACCAGUACGAUCCGCUGUACUCGAAACGCUUUGCCGUCUUCCUGUCUGAAGUGAGCGAGAACAAGCUGCGGCAGCUCAACCUGAACAAUGAGUGGACUCUGGACAAACUGAGGCAGAGGAUCACCAAGAACUCCCAGGAGAAGCUAGAGCUGCACCUGUUCAUGCUGAGCGGCAUCCCAGACACCGUGUUUGAUCUUAUAGAGCUGGAGGUGCUGAAGCUGGAGCUCAUCCCAGACAUCACCAUCCCUCCCAUCAUCGCCCAGCUGGUCAACCUGAAGGAGAUGUGGCUAUACCACACCCCGGCUAAGAUCGAGGCUCCGGCCCUGGCCUUCCUCAGGGAGAACCUCAAGUCCCUCCACAUCAAAUUCACAGACAUCAAGGAGAUCCCUCUGUGGAUCUAUAGUUUGAAAAACCUGAGCGAGCUGCACUUGACGGGGAACCUGAGCGCAGAGAACAAUCGAUAUAUUGUUAUUGAUGGGCUACGGGAGCUGAAGAGGCUCAAGGUCCUGCGGCUAAAGAGCAACUUGACCAAGCUACCUCAGGUGGUGACGGAUGUGGGGGUGCACCUCCAGAAGCUCUCAGUUAACAACGAGGGCACCAAGCUGAUGGUUCUCAACAGCCUGAAGAAGAUGGUGAACCUGACAGAACUGGAGCUGAUACGUUGUGAUCUGGAACGCAUCCCACACUCCAUCUUCAGCCUGCACAACCUGCAGGAGAUUGACCUCAAGGACAACAAUCUGAAGACUAUCGAGGAGAUCAUCAGCUUCCAGCACCUGCACCGUCUGGUCUGCCUUAAACUCUGGUACAACCAGAUUGCCUACAUUCCCAUCCAGAUCGGCACCCUCAACAACAUGGAGAGGCUCUAUCUGAACAGGAACAAGAUUGAUAACAUACCCAGUCAGCUUUUCUAUUGUCGUAAGCUACGCUUCCUGGACCUGAGCCAUAACAACCUCACCUACAUCCCAGCAGACGUGGGGUACCUGCAGAACCUCCAGUACCUGGCAGUCACAGCCAACAGAAUUGAGACCCUGCCCAAUGAGCUGUUCCAGUGUAAGAAGCUCCGUACUCUGAACCUGGGGAAUAACUGCCUGACGUCUCUGCCAUCACGCUUCGGGGAGCUGACGGGGCUGAUCCAGCUGGAGCUGAGGGGGAACAGGCUGGAAUGUCUGCCCGUAGAGCUGGGGGAGUGCAAGCAGCUGAAGAGGACGGGCUUGGUGGUGGAGGAGGACCUCUUCAACACCCUGCCCACCGAGGUGAAGGAGCAACUGUGGAAGGUGGACAAGGAGACGGCCUGAACAGAUGGGGGUUGGAGGUGGAUGUUCACUCCGUUGAAACAGCCAGGGCCCCUGGAGGGCUGGGGAGGACUACACAGACCCAGACAGCACACUAACCGAGCAGGACCUGCUCACUUUGACUGUACUCUACUGCAGGGCUGCUUUUCAAGGGAAUCUAUGCUAAUGUCCCACCGCCAUGCUACUUUUUUCCUGCAGUAACAGUUGUGAAAUGCCAUUUUAAAAGGGACAUUGGUAAGGAAAAGUGUUAAGUUUUACAAGAUGUGUGUGGAUUGAAUGAGAUCAGAUGUGUUGCAUAUGAGAUUGCAAAAUGCAAAUGCAAUAUUCCUGUAAGAGAAAGGACUUAAAUUAUUAGCCAGCAGAUGCAUUUUCUGGUGGGCAGUGUUAUUGUCAUUCAGACAGGGUAUAUUAUCCUAUCGUAUCGUAACCCAAUUAUAUAACACAGUGCAGUAGACUAACCUUGAUCCAGAUUCUCUAGGGUGCUAUGGGAUGUUUGGAGAUUUACGGGAAUGGGGCUAUGGAGAAAAAUGGGGGAAGGCCUCAGGGCCAUGCUUUUCACAUUUCAGGUGUGGGGAGGGUUUAGUAGUAUUUAUUUUUUAUUGAGUCCUGUAAUUGAUCAAAUGAUGUUUUUCGGUUUUAGAAUGAGUUGCUUACUAUAUAACGAUGUGUGCCCGAUGCCGCCCCAAAACCCUUAUUCUCCUCUGGGCACCCAAUUUCAAGUGACCUAUAGUCUAUUUGCUGUAAUCCCAAUCAAAUGAUCCAUUGGUUAUAGGCCUAGGCGAUACGAAGUGCAUGCUUGGAGAAGCACAAGGCAGUUAUAUUUGUAAGAAAAUUAACUUCCUGAAUGUUUUGUGCUCUAAUGGUGUAAAUUAAACUAGACUACACUGCAAUGGAUAUUCCAGUCAAGAACCCUAACCUGCUCUUGCUGACCAAAACCUGUUUGUGCUAUCUAACCAAUGGCUGUGCAAUGUGGCAGUUCAGGAGGUGACUCAGAUAUCUUCUGAAAAUAAUUUUUAAUUCCGGCUAAUUUGAGUAGGCCUAAUUAAUUUCAAGUCUUCAUUUUAAUUUGACUUUACUAACAAGAGGGCUUUGUGUUGGAGCCUAUUUCUUCCUAUUUAAGAAAAAGAGGUAGGCCUACCUGUUUGACAGAUGAAAUCAUAGGAUGUUAUAAAUAGAUUUUUCUCGGCCAGUUCCUCCACCAACCAUGCACUCUUUAAAAGCAUCUUGUCAGUGAAGGGCUUGGUGUGUUAAGUGAAAACCAUGGCUCGAAUUGAGGGGGUAUGUGAGAGUAUGCCAUACCUUUUGUUAAAGAAAAUGGCAAAAAGCAUAGACCUACCCUUUUUUAUUUUUAAGAAAAUAAAACGGACCCUAUUAUAUAAAGCAAUCUAAUGGUGCUUUAGUCCGUGAUGCUUUAUCGAGCUGUAAAAUACAUGGGAAAGACGAGACUCCGAUGCAUAUGGGGAUGUAUUUGGUUUGUCUCUGACAUUGAGCCUGAGCUACAACCUUUUAUAGCCGACGAGACAAAAAAAAUGACUUUGCUUGGGAAGUAAUCUAAUAUGUGUGAUUCUGUCGCUAUAAAUUGAGCUAUUAAUUUUCUGUAACAUGUUUAAACUCCAACAGCCUUUAGGGAGGUAUGCAAGGUCAAUGCAUUCCUCUGACACAGCAAAACACAUGAAUAAGAGGAGCCUGCUUGUCAUCAGAAACGUGGAUUAUAACACAGCUGCAAUGAACAUUACUAUGGAUGAAGACAAGAUUAACAAAAUAUGGUCUUUUUACAAAAGUACAACAAAUACAUCACAGGAAUGAUAGCUGGCUAUCGCUAUGUAAACCUGGGAUUGUAUGUCAAUCACUAACUGCUACAGUGUACUACCUUUGCUCCUUCUGCCUAAAUAGGCAGUGCAUGGACAUUUUCACAUGUCAGUUAAUGGGAGGAGAGAUGUGAAUAAGAAGUCGAAGAUUUAAAGGGAUUUAUUAAACAUAUAUAUAUAUUGCACUAGAUGGAUGAAAUCAUCUUAUCUACAGUAAGAGGAUAGUCUUGUAUUACACCGUUGGACAAAUGCACAAAAAGCACAGUGUGUAGGCUAUUUAUGUUAUUGGAGGUUAUGAUGAAAUGCAAAUGUCCUCAGCAAUGCUGGCGUAGACAAUCGACUCUAAUUUCAUGGUGUAUUUUCAGUGACAUUAUGCAUGUUAUAAUGGAAUUAUGUACAUAUUAAUGCUAGAUUACAUAGAAAGUGAGACAAGACUAACAGUAAAGACCAGAUUAAGCCUAGUCCAGGACUAAAAAGCAUUCUCCGUCUCAAUGGAAAUUCUAAUUUGAAAGAGGUUUUUAUUCCAUGACGAGGCUGAAUCUGUCUAGGAAACCGACCCUAGAUGAGUCCUGCCCAUCAAGCGUGGGGUGUCUUGAAGAAACUGUCCCCUUAUGUCCUGUGCAAUGCAGUUUUCAAUAUGGAAACUGCAUUUGGUGCACAGGGUGUUUGUUGAAGUCUGUGAAUCAAUGUGUAAUCCCAAGGAAACUAAUUUGAAUCUUUUUUGAAUCUACUCUCACUCACUAGCCUAACUCACUAAAUCAAUCUUAUUGAAGCCACUAUUUUUAGGUAGGUUUAUUGAGUGGUAAAUGAAAUGCAAGCAAUACUUCAUGAUAUUAAUUUGAAGAACAGUCGCACUUAGACAUUCCAUUUUUCUUCAGUGUUGACAGCUAUUAGUACAAUACACCAAAACCUCAGGAAAUUGCCAUCCAAUUUUAUCCUCCUUUUGUUGACAUUUUUGUUUAUUCCACUCAGUAUUUUGAUGUUAAUUUAACAGUUGUUAUACUACACAUUUUUAUAUUUCUAUACUUUUUAAAAUGUUUUCUGGUUUUUAUUAGCAUUUAAUAUAAUAUGAAUUGCUGGUUCGAAAUUGUCGAACUUUUAAUAAAAUAAAUCUGAAAUCAUA